AUGAGUCAGAUUGCUCAACAACUUGCGGGUUCGCAAACACCAGGUGCAUUACUGAGUGUUACAGUUACAAAUCCAAGAGAGCAUAAUAAUGUGAGUGCGGUAACCACAAGGAGUGGCAAGGCAAAAGAAGUCCCUGAAAAAGAUGAUGAACAAGAAGACCAAUUGCUUGAAGUUGAUUUGGAGAUAAAAGAAAAUGAGGUUGUUAACGAAGAGGUGGUGGUGCCUGAACCUGUGGUUAAAGAAAAAGCACUUGAGCAAAUGCCUUCUUAUGCUAAAUUCAUGAAAGAUGUCAUUUCAAAAAGGAGGAGCACUGGCACUGACUCUAUUGUACUAACCGAAACUUGCAGUGCUAUUUUGCAGGGUAUGAAGAUUUUGGUGAAGAAAAAAGAUCGAGGCUCGGUAACUAUCCCUUGCACUAUCGGGGAUAGAUAUUUCAAGAAGGCCCUUAUAGACUUGGGGGCAAGUGUGAGCCUCAUGCCUUUAUACAUCUACAAGAGGUUGGGGAUUGGAAAAGUACAGGAUACCCGAAUGAAACUUCAAUUUACUGACCACUCUAUGAAGAGACCUUAUGGAGUGGUGGAAGAUGUUCUUGUGAAGAUUGAUAAGUUUGUGUUUCCGGUAGACUUUGUGAUCUUAGAAAUGUCGGAAGAUAAAGAGAUACCGCUCAUUCUUGGUAGACCAUUUUUUGGAGAUCGGGAGGUGUUUCAUAGAUAUAGAAGAAGGCACCAUGAAUCUAAAGGUUUAUGA